AUGGAGAAGAGCGCCAGCAAUUGGGGGGUGGCUGCUGUCCCGGACUCGUGGAACUUCAAGCCGAACGAGAGGCUCCUGGGCCUGAUGUCGCUCUCGGUGCGCGGCGUGCUGGCCAGGAUCAAGGCCGAGAUGGUUGCGGCAGGCGGCGGCGGCGGGAGGCCGGUGAUCCCGAUGGGCCACGGCGACCCGUCGGCGUUCCCGUGCUUCCGGACGGCGCCGGAGGCCGUGGACGCCGUCGCCGGCGCGCUCCAGUCCGGGGAGUACAACUCCUACUCCACUUGCGUUGGCCUUGAGCCCGCACGGAGGUCCAUUGCGCAGUACUUAUCACGUGAUUUGCCAUAUGAAUUGUCACUUGAUGAUGUCUACCUCACAAACGGCUGUGCUCAGGCAAUUGAGAUAAUCUGCUCUGUGUUAGCUCGUCCGGGUGCCAACAUCUUGCUCCCAAGGCCUGGCUACAAGUUCUAUGAGGCGCGCGCUGUUUUCAAUGGCAUGGAAGUCCGGUACUACGAUCUUCUACCUGGGAAAGACUGGGAGGUUGACACUGAUGGCGUCCAAGCUCUUGCUGACAAGAAUACUGUUGCCAUUGUCAUUAUCAACCCAGGAAACCCUUGUGGCAAUGUGUACUCCUAUGAGCACCUGGCCAAGGUUGCUGAGACCGCGCGUAAACUUGGCAUAUUUGUCAUAGCAGAUGAGGCUUAUGCACACUUGACAUUUGGAGAGAGGAAAUUUGUGCCGAUGGGUGUGUUUGGGGCUGUGGCUCCAGUGAUCACACUGGGGUCAUUAUCGAAGAGAUGGCUGGUGCCCGGUUGGCGGCUUGGAUGGAUUGUUACCAAUGAUCCUAGUGGUGUAUUUCAGAGAACCAAGGUAGCCGCUAGCAUUAGGACCUACCAUUAUAUCUGCUCUGAUCCUACAACAUUUGUUCAGGGAGCAGUUCCAAACCUCCUGGAGAACUCAAAGGAGGAGUUCUUCCAAAAAACCAUCAAAAUUCUCAAAGAAAGUGCAGAUAUAUGCUGGGAAAAGCUAAAUGGCAUCAACGGAGUCACAUGCCCAAGCAGACCAAUGGGAUCCAUGUUUGUAAUGGUGAAGCUGGAUCUGUCCUGCCUGCAGGACAUCAAAGAUGACAUGGACUUCUGCUGCCGGCUGGCAAAGGAAGAAUCAGUUGUUGUUCUGCCAGGACGUGUUGUGGGAUGCAAGGAUUGGCUCCGGAUCACCUUUGCAAUUGAUCCGUCCUCUCUCGAAGACGGCCUUGACAGGCUCAAGUCCUUCUGCCUGCGACACAGCAAGCCAGCACAGUGA